AUGGAGAGCGUGUGCCGGAGCUCUGUACCGUUAGAUCAGUGCAGUGAGAAAACUGAAGAUGCUGCGCAGACGACUGCAAACUCUUUAUUGCAGAAAUACGACAGCACGGACCUGCAGGAGCUACUCAGCAUGACCACCUGCAGUUGGCUGUUCGGUGGAGGAGAACACAGCCUGCAUCUGGAUAAACAUCCGGGCAUCAUCAGGCAAAUGAGCGUCACCUCAGACCCAAACAUAACUAUUCUUGCUCCCAUCGACUCACGUCUGCCCCUAGACUACAAGGUUGUUCAUCAGAUUGUGAGAGAGCUGACUGUGGGAAUAUAUGGGUUUAACCAGCUGCCAGUUAUCAGUCUUGAACCCAACUAUGACCAGAGCUCCACGUGCCAGUUACCACCAGCAUAUUAUGAUACAAAAGUUGGCCAGGUUCUUAUAAACAUCGACUACUCAAUGAAGACCCUCUGGCAUGGUUGUUAUUUUCCAAGAGAAAAACGUGUAGUCUUCUCAGACCAAUGGAGAAACAGCAUGGGUGUGAAUGCAGAUGGUUUGCCACAGACUAAAAAAGAUAUCCUUGCUGAGUUUCUUAAUGCAGGUUUAAUGGACAUCUCAAAUAAUCCCUGUUAUCAGGACAUUUAUAAUGAGGACAUUGAUGUAGACCCAACCUUCGAUCCCAACCGCGUCGAAGAAGAGACCCUCUUCUCACGAUACUCUGAAGACAUCCUGAUUAAACUGAGCUCGUACCUGACAUCUGUCUGCCAGCACCAAAAUCUGUUUGUGUUUGAGGGGACUCAUAGCCUCUCUAAUGUUGUUCGACUCACCGAGGAAGAGGUCGAUCUCGCCACCUACCAGAGGUUGCAGAAAAAACUUUCUGGUCACAUCAGACUGGUGAGAAAUCACCUCAGAAGAAACGCAGAAGUCUCCACGGAUCUUGCCUAUCUAAAACUGAUCACGUUCCUGGUACCCCUGCUGAUUUUCUUGAGAAAAAAGAUGCUGAUUCCUAAUCUGUCUCAAAUGCUUCCACCUUUGUCAGAUGAAAUGCUGAAAACCGAACGAGAGGUACCGCCACAUAUCGUCGGACCAGAAUUUGCAUGCAAGCACUUUCCAUACAAGCAGGAUCAAUAUUUUCAUCUACAUGGAGGGAUUGAAUUCGAUGUUUCACCUCCUCCCCUGGAGGACAUUACUGAGGAAAUGGAGGUGGCUUUUAGGACUCUGCACACAGACGCUGUGAACUACCUGCAUGAGCUUCUUCAACAGGACCUCACUUACAAAACAGACUUUCUAAUACCACGCAGUGAGAUCGAUGGAAAAAGCUAUAAUGUCAUCUGCUUUGAGUUAGAGUCACUUUAUUCCCAGAAUAAGUGGUGGGGAGCCUUGAACUCGAGCAUCAAAACUCUAAAAGCAGAAAGACUUCCCUUGACAGACACUGAGCUACACGAACAGUUAAUGAGAACGUUUGGCCACGCUAAAACUAUGAAGUACAAGAAUGUGAAGUUUGCACUGAAGGCAGCAGCAGCGAGAGGACUGUGUGCAGUGUUUUACUCAUUAAGUCAAAGGGAAUCAUAUCUGAAUGGACACGAUGAGAAGGGUCUCUUUCUGUUGCACCACGCUGCAGCCAAUAACAAAACACACAUCAUCGUCCAGCUCGCUGCAGCAGGCGUGAACAUCAAUCAAACACGCAGCAUCAGAUUCAGAGCAGGGGGUCACUUCAUAGAAGGAGAUGGUCUCACACCAAUGCACCUCGCUGCACAAUGUGGAUCCCUUGAGUCUGUAAACUGCCUUCUUGCACUGGGAGCGUGCUAUAAAGUUGUGAACCGGAGAGGUUGGAUGCCCAUUCAUUUUGCAGCCUUUUAUGGCCAGGUGGCUUGCAUCCAAGCACUAUGCAGGAAAGACCCUACUUUACUGGAGAUUAAAACUUCUGCUGAGUAUCGCAGUUCACCACUGCUGUUGUCAGCUACCUCGGGUUCAGUGGAGGCGCUGAGCUUCUUGUUGUCCAUAAAGGCAAACUGGAGAGAUGAAGACAGCAUGGGAAAUAAUAUAGUCCAUCUAGCUGCACUUUACUUUCACACAGAUGUUCUUAGACUUCUCAUUCAGCUGAAUCUGGAUGGGCUUCAUGUGUGGAAGAUUCUUGUUGAGAUGAUUCAGGGUGAAGACUCCUGGCGAUUGGAGAUGGCUCUCAGGUCCCUUGAGGUUCUUUGUAUAAACACAGAGUCCUUCUGUGAAGACAUCAUGGAAGCAGGAGGUGUUCCCGUUCUGCUGGGGCUCCUUUCUUCAGAUAAACAGGUGGUGCAGUGCAUGGCUGCAGCUGUGUUGUGUCACAUCUCAGAAAAUGUCAAAGCUGCUGAAGAUCUGGUGCAUCUUGGGGCCAUAUCGGUCAUCAUCAACCUCCUCAGCAGCCGCCAGUCAGAGCUGCUGUCUCACUGUGCCGUCAUACUGGCUGAUCUGGCAGGACAUAGUGAUCAGUACAAAACCCUUAUUGCUCAACUGGGUGGGGGGCCUUUGGUAGUGAAGCUCCUCCUGACCUCUGACCUCCAAGAUGUUCUGGUAAAUGCCAUCAGGUGCAUCAGUACAUUAUGCACCAAAAGCCCAUGCAACCAAACUGCUGUCGCACACGCUGGAGGAAUCCCACAUCUUGUAGAAUUCCUGUCUUUGAACUCUGUACUGCAGGAGGAGGCCUGCUUGGCUCUUGCAGAGUUGGCUUGGGAUCACAAGGAAAACCAGGAGCUCAUCUGUGAAGCAGGAGCGAUCGAUGCAUUGGUGACAGCUCUUCAAGAGAGGCAGAUGUCAGUUCGGGUCAAAGCAGCCAAAGCACUUGAAUCCAUAGCCAGCCAUAAUCCAGCCAUACAGCAGUGCUUCCUUAAACAAUCAGCUGUUAAACAUCUUUUACAACUUUUAAUGGUGUUUCAGGUGGACGUCCAGGAACAGGCAGCAUCGUCUCUGUGGGCUUUGGCUGGACAAACUGCAAGGCAACAGAAACUCAUGGCAGAACAGAUUAGCAACACUUACAUACUUGGCUUUCUCCUCUCCUCCUCAGAUAAACUACAAUAUAUAGGGUGUCAAAUGGCAAUUGCUCUAUGCCGGGAUAGUUGUGCCCAUCAGGAUGAGUUCUGCGAGUUAAAUGGGGUACUGUGUUUGGUGUGCUUGCUUCGAGGGCCUGACAUAUCCCAGAAGACCUUGUUAAGUGCCAUCAAGGCCUUGGGUUUUCUUUGUGUCGGAGUGGCACUAACCGCUAAUCAAAAGAGUCAAAAUAUAAUCUCACAGCAAAAGGCCAUUCCUAUAUUAUUGGAGAUUUUAAAAGUCAAUGAAAAUCUGAAGGUCAAGGUGCAGGUGGUUCAGACGCUUGCCCGUGUGCUGCUGGGAAACCAAAAACUCCAGAAUGCGUUUUGGGAAAAAGAGGACUUCUCAUAUGAGGUCAUUCUGGAACUUUUAAAAGCUGAAGACAAAAACAUUUCCCUGGAUGCUGGAUGUGCAUUAUCUCUAUUUGUAUUGCACAGCAAAUCUCAACAGAGGGCAAUUCAACAAACGCAUGCAAUUUCAAUGAACACGUAUGAGACCUUUUUAAAAUCAGACAAUGAGAUUGAAAGAGCUGAGGCUGCAUUUCAGAUAGUUUUGUUAGCCCGAGCGAUUACAGGGUCAGAUGAAGUUACUUUGACUGCAAGAGGCAUCACUGUUCUUGUUGAAUUAUUACAGUCGCUGCAAUCUACUACUGUUAUCAUCGCAGCUCAACACCUUGCUAGUCUGGCACACAUGAGAGCAGGUUUAAUUGAUGCUAUUAUCACCACGGGCACUGUAGAGGAUCUCUGUGCUCAUUUAAACUCAGAGGACACAGAGGUUCAAACUGCUUGUGCAAGCGCUCUGGGUUACCUCACCUUCAAUCGUCAAGCUCAUCGACAACUUUUGGGGAAAUGCAGACGGGUCCCUGCCAUGUAUGAUCUUCUAAUGAACAAUAUAGCAAGAGAUGCCAAAAUCUCAAAAUUCUUCACAGGAGAGUUUAAAAGACUAAAAAGAAAAGGGUUUCCAUCCCUAAGUUUGGAGAUAAAUGGUGCCCCCCCUGUGGCUCAGCAACAUAAAAGGGAGGAUAGUUGGAGUGCUGGACGUGGUCAGUCAGCAAGCUAUGCGAGGGAGACGCCAGCUGGUGUGUCGCAUCAUGAAAAACACAGGACAAGAAACAUUAACCCCAGAGUCAGGGUGGGACAGAGGCCUUAAAGCCUCUCCGACUGUCUAUUAAAUUAAAAUGAGUACAUUGAAAGGGCAUGAACAAUGUACAUUUAUCAUAGCUUUGCAAUGCAAUUCAUGCAAAAAUGUUUAAAAAUAUACUUUGAAUUUACACGCAUAAACAGAAACAUUAAAAAUUCUUUAAAGAGCACCUAUCGUCCGAUUCACGCUUUUACAUUUCCUUUGGUGUGUAAGUGUUUAUUAGUACAUGUUAACGUACUAACGUACUCCAACGUAAAUCUCUUUUCUUGGACUACAACAAACACAGACAUUGUAGGCAACAGUUUACUUCCUGGGAUUGAUGUAGAUUGAUUGUCAUAAUUCCUUAGCCUGUAAGUUAACUCCUGUUAGCAUUGCAUUGUGAGCGAAUCUUUCAAACAUGGUAGGGAGCUUCACAUUUCCUGCUUCAAGACCUAUAUCUCUGCAUCAGAACAUGUAAGAGACAUGGGGGUGGCAUGACAUCAUGAUCAUUACCUGAGGUUUGUCCGUUUGUGCCAUUGUUGGGUUUGACCCAGGUGUUUGCAGCUAUAUUAUCAGAAUUAAUCUACUCUGAAAGUUAAGUUUGGGCGGCAAAAGAUGUCUGUUUAUGUUGUUGCUGCUAAAACCAUCUGGUCUCUGGGCAUCUUUUCACACAGGGAUAGAUCUUAUAGAUGGAUCAUUUGUUCAAAUAUUUUUAUUUAACACAACAUGAUAAUGUGCUCACAACUACAAACACCAUGGAGGUGAAGCUACUAAUAUAAUAUAUUUUUGCUUUGGUGUUACUGAAAGGCAAACUUCAUUGUAACAGCAAGACAAUUUAAAACAACAUAAGAAUACAAUCUGCAAGAAAUUAAAUCUG